AUGGCUGCGUUGCGCUGGUUGCGCCGUUCUCGCUCGUUGCGAUCGCGUGGUCUAUUCGAAAGCGGCCAAGAGCCGACGGAAACACAGCGAAGCCGUGCAGCAAGUGGCGUGGAAGCCGUGGACACCGUGGAACCAAGCAGCGAAUCGAGAGCAUUUGCCAAAGCAGCCGCCAAAGCUUUGCGUCGCCAUCAGUGGCAAGUGACCUUGGCUUUGUUGAGAGAUGGAGCAGGAAUAACCUUAGCAGGCAGAGUAAGCAACAUCAGCACCCAUGCUAAGAUGACGGACAAAAACGACAGCAGUGGCAGCACCCAUCACAGCAACGGAGCAAACAGUUCCAUGAAGAAAGACGAUGUGGAUAUUGAAAACGAUGAGAUCGAUGAGAUGGAUGAGAUCAGUCGCUGGAACAUCAUGAUCAGCGCCUGGGCAUCUGGCAACCACUGGCGACGUAGCCUCGCAAUUCUUCAAGCCAUGGAGAACAGCAGCCCAAACAGUCCGCUGCCAAAGCCCGAUUUGAUCUCCUUCAACGCAACGCUUCACGCGCUGGAAAGAUCUUGUAAGUGGCAACAUUGCUUGGCGCUUUUGGCAGCGAUGGAAAGAUCGAGUUGUAUGGAUGCAUGGAGCAUCAGGAUUGCCAUCUCUUCGUGCGCGAAGAACAGAGAUUGGCAAAAAGGGCAGGAACUGAUCAAACAGAUGCAGAAAUGGGCUCUAGAAGCCGAUCUUUUUUGCCAUACAGCACUGUUGAGUUCGUAUCAGAGGAGCACAGCGUGGGAGUUGGGUUUACGAUAUUUAAAGCUAGACAUUGAAGAAGAUGUUUUGAAGAGAUUUGAUUCAAUUGGCUUUGAAUCAGCUUUGAAUCUCACCGCGGCCGGGGCUUGGCAAGAGGCUUUCUGGUUGUUCAGCCUCAUGCAAGAGCAAGCGAUCCAGCCAAGCAUCACAGGUCUUGUCACUUCAGUCAAAGCGCUUCAGAACAGUUCAACCCCACCGACGCAAUGCCAGAAAGGGAGUUUGCAGAAAGACCUCUACGAUCAGAUUGAACACAGCUGUGUGUCUUUGCUGCUGGACAUCCGCCCCAGUGUGGAACAGCUCCUCACCGACGGACCUGAUGGCUCCGAGGGAUCGAAGAUCAACAGCAAGACGCUGAGGCAACGCAUCGUGCACAUCGUCUCAGCCGUGGAGCACCUCCUCAGCGUUCGGAUCGAGGGAGUUUCAGAGUCCUGCGCGAGGGAGGGGGUCGCUUUGGGAGAAGAGCAAGCACGAAGUCGCUCAGACGAGAGCGAGGCAAAGGAGCUGAAGAGUUUCCACACGAUGCUGGAGAAGAGUUUGGGAAGAAAAGAGGAGUUUCUGGAGCAAGGGAAAGAUUGGGAGAAGAGCUUCCACACGAUCAUCUUUUGGCCUGUUUUAGAGGCCUUGAGGAGUUCAAAUGUUCGGCUUCUGGGGCAUAUCCAUACACUUGGCGGCCAUUUUACGCAAAAGGCCUUGAACGAGUUGAGGAUGACACAGAUGGAGAGCGCUGAGAGCUCCAACCCCUGGGCGUUGGAUGCCCGGAAGGCGGUUGCUGCCGCCUUACAGGAUGUAGACGUGGUCGAGCCAUCUGCUAGACACUUGAUGAGUUGGGUUUCGUAUUCAGUCAGAAUUCAGGUACCAAAUAUGAGGCCUCACCUUCUGCGUACGAGGGGCUUCGUGGUGCCGCAUGGGCCCCAUGAUCGUCUCUCUGAUGAGUUGCCCUCCGUGUUCUGUCACUUUGACCGGUCGCAGCAUUCUGAGAGAAGAGCAUUGUUGAAAGUCUUAGAGAGACUCAGUUCAGCAACUCAAGUAGCUCAGGCCGAGGCUCAGGCUCAAGCUGAGGCAGUUGUCACAGGCAGUGUGCGUCUCUUCAGCUGCCAUACUCCGUGCGUCUCCUGCUUGUUUGUUUUCACGCAGUUCCAGCAACUGUUUCCGCAGAUCCGCCUGCAAGUGGCCUUUCAGUCUUGGGCAGAGACCAGGGCCGACGCGCUGCAAAAUUGCACAGACUGGCGCGCUAAAACGUGCUGUGCGCAUCGCUGGUUGCCCAUGUUCUGUUUCUGUCUGACUGGGGUAGUCGACUGA